CUUCUGGGAGCCUGCCUGCUCGGUUAGGACCUCGGAGAGCGCCGGGCGCCGCGACCAGAGGGACUGGAGAAGCGGCCGCGGUCGGGCGGGAUUGACGCCUGAGAGCCCGCCUCCCUCCGCGCCUUCGGCUUCUCGGGCUGGCUGGCAGCUAGCGGCGGCCGAGGAAGUUUUUAAAAUGAAGAAGUUUAAUUUCCGAAAAGUUUUGGAUGGCUUAACUGCCUCCUCCCCUGGCAGUGGUAGCAGCAGUGGCGGUAACAGUGGUGGUGGGGCUGGAAGUGGUUCCGUACAUCCUGGAGGGACUGCAGGGCUUCUUAAAGAGGAGAUUCAGGAAACCCUGACUUCAGAGUAUUUCCAGAUAUGCAAGACAGUUCGGCAUGGUUUUCCUUAUCAGCCUACAGCAUUAGCCUUUGAUCCAGUUCAGAAAAUCUUGGCUAUUGGGACAAGAACAGGUGCUAUACGAAUACUCGGGAGACCUGGCGUUGAUUGUUAUUGCCAACAUGAAAGUGGUGCAGCUGUCCUGCAGCUCCAAUUCUUGAUCAAUGAGGGUGCUUUGGUUAGUGCAAGUUCAGAUGAUACACUUCAUUUGUGGAAUCUUAGACAAAAAAGGCCAGCUAUUCUUCAUUCUCUUAAAUUUAACCGAGAACGAAUUACUUACUGUCAUCUACCUUUCCAGAGUAAAUGGCUCUAUGUUGGAACAGAAAGAGGAAAUACACAUAUUGUAAAUAUUGAAUCUUUCAUUCUUUCUGGAUACGUUAUCAUGUGGAACAAGGCAAUUGAGCUAUCCACAAAGACUCAUCCAGGUCCAGUUGUACAUUUAAGUGAUAGCCCAAGAGAUGAAGGGAAACUGCUGAUAGGUUAUGAAAAUGGUACUGUAGUAUUCUGGGACUUGAAAUCUAAAAAAGCGGACCUGAGAGUUUAUUAUGAUGAGGCUAUUCAUUCAAUUGAUUGGCAUCAUGAGGGCAAACAGUUCAUGUGCAGCCAUUCCGAUGGUAGCUUGACCUUAUGGAACCUGAAAAGCCCAAGUCGUCCUUUCCAGACCACAAUUCCACAUGGAAAAAGUCAAAGAGAAGGAAGAAAAUCUGAAUCUUGUAAACCAAUUCUUAAAGUAGAAUACAAGACCUGUAGAAACAGUGAACCAUUCAUAAUAUUUUCUGGUGGAUUGUCCUAUGACAAAGCUUGCAGAAGACCAAGUUUAACCAUCAUGCAUGGAAAAGCAAUUACAGUGCUUGAAAUGGAUCAUCCUAUUGUUGAAUUUCUUACUUUAUGUGAAACACCCUAUCCAAAUGAAUUUCAAGAACCUUAUGCUGUUGUAGUACUUCUGGAGAAAGAUCUCAUUGUAGUUGAUCUGACACAAAGCAAUUUUCCAAUCUUUGAAAAUCCGUAUCCCAUGGACAUUCAUGAAUCACCAGUUACAUGCACAGCAUACUUUGCUGAUUGCCCACCAGAUCUGAUUCUAGUACUCUACUCUAUAGGAGUCAAGCAUAAAAAACAAGGAUACAGUAAUAAGGAGUGGCCCAUCAGUGGAGGAGCGUGGAACCUUGGAACACAAACAUAUCCAGAAAUUAUUAUUACUGGUCAUGCAGAUGGAUCAAUAAAAUUUUGGGAUGCUUCUGCAAUAACUCUGCAGAUGCUGUACAAGCUAAAAACUUCAAAAGUGUUUGAAAAACAGAAGAUAGGAGAAGGAAAACCAACAUGUGAAAUUGUAGAGGAAGAUCCAUAUGCCAUUCAGAUGAUUUACUGGUGUCCGGAGAGCAGAAUAUUCUGUGUAUCAGGAGUCUCUGCAUAUGUCAUAAUUUAUAAAUUCAGCAGACAUGAAAUAACAACAGAAAUAGUGUCAUUAGAGGUACGGCUUCAGUAUGAUAUUGAAGAUAUUAUUACCCCAGAACCAGAAACAAGUCCUCCAUUUCCAGAUCUCUCAUCCCAGCUUCCUUCUUCAAGGAGUCUUUCCGGAAGCACUAACACUGUGGCUAGUGAAGGAGGAACAAAGGACAGUAUCCCAUGCCUCAAUGUGAAGACACGACCAGUGAGGAUGCCUCCAGGGUAUCAAGCAGAACUUGUUAUUCAGUUGGUGUGGGUGGACGGUGAGCCUCCCCAACAGAUUACUAGUCUUGCUGUAAGCUCAGCAUACGGAAUAGUUGCAUUUGGGAACUGCAAUGGGUUGGCUGUGGUGGAUUUUAUACAGAAGACAGUACUGUUAAGCAUGGGGACCAUUGACCUAUAUAGAUCAAGUGACCUAUACCAACGUCAACCACGGUCUCCUCGAAAAAACAAGCAGUUCAUUGCAGACAACUUUUGCAUGCGUGGCCUGUCUAACCUUUAUCCUGAUUUAACGAAACGGAUCCGUACUUCCUAUCAGAGUUUAACUGAGCUAAAUGACAGUCCAGUUCCCCUGGAACUUGAGCGCUGCAAGUCUCCCACUUCAGGACUUGCUACCAGAACUCCUGAGGGAGCACCAGGCUUUUAUAGGAAUGAAAUACCAGCUGUGAAACAGAGGAAUCAAGUACAUCACUUGCCAGAUCAUGUAAAUGGACACUGCACAAGUCCAACCUCUCAGAGUUGCACUUCUGGAAAACGUCUAUCCAGUGCUGAUGUUUCAAAAGUAAAUCGCUGGGGUCCUGGAAGACCACCAUUUCGGAAAGCACAAUCAGCUGCUUGCAUGGAAAUUUCUUUACCAGUCACAACAGAAGAAAGCCGAGAAAAUUCUUAUAAUCGUUCUAGGAGCUCUAGCAUCUCCAGUAUUGACAAAGAUUCAAAAGAAGCAAUUACAGCACUAUACUUCAUGGAGUCCUUUGCUCGGAAAAAUGACCCUACAGUCUCCCCUUGUUUGUUUGUUGGAACUAGUCUGGGAAUGGUGUUAAUCAUCUCCCUGAACCUACCUUCAGCAGAUGAACAAAGAUUUACAGAGCCAGUCAUGGUAUUGCCAAGUGGUACAUUCCUCUCACUGAAAGGAGCUGUGCUAGCAUUCUCCUGUAUGGACCGAAAUGGCGGAUUAAUGCAACCGCCAUAUGAAGUUUGGAGGGAUCCAAACAACAUAGAUGAAAAUGAAAAAUCUUGGAGAAGGAAACUGGUCAUGAACUGCCCCUCUCCAUCCCAAGAAAUAGGAGAUCAUCAGUAUACAAUAAUCUGCUCAGAAAAACAAGCCAAAGUCUUCUCACUGCCUUCUCAGACUUGUCUUUAUGUUCAUAACAUCACCGAGACAUCUUUUAUACUGCAAGCAGAUGUGGUGGUCAUGUGUAACAGUGCCUGCUUGGCAUGCUUUUGUGCCAAUGGGCAUAUCAUGAUAAUGAGCCUACCUAGUCUUCGCCCAAUGUUGGAUGUUAAUUAUUUGCCACUGACAGACAUGAGGAUAGCACGGACAUUUUGUUUUACCAAUGAAGGCCAGGCAUUAUAUCUCGUCUCUCCUACUGAAAUUCAACGGUUAACAUACAGCCAAGAGAUGUGUGAUAAUCUACAGGACAUGCUAGGAGAUUUGUUUAUUCCCAUAGAGACACCAGAAGCUCAAAACAGAGGCUUUCUCAAGGGACUGUUUGGUGGAAGUGGACAAACAUUUGACAGAGAAGAGCUCUUUGGGGAAGCUUCAGCAGGAAGAGCCUCUCGCAGCCUUGCACAGCACAUUCCCGGACCAGGUGGUAUAGGAGGGAUGAAAGGUGCUGCCGGAGGGGUGAUGGGAGAGCUGACUCGCGCUCGGAUCGCACUUGAUGAGAGAGGACAGAGGCUAGGAGAGCUGGAGGAGAAAACUGCAGGCAUGAUGACCAGUGCGGAAGCAUUUUCCAAACAUGCACAUGAGUUAAUGUUGAAAUAUAAGGAUAAGAAAUGGUACCAAUUCUAAACUUCUAAAGAAGCUGUGACUGCUUUGAGAAACCAUUAUUCAGGGAAACCAAAUUUAUUCCCAGCAUCACUAUUCAACUUGCUAGAAGCCAGUUUCUUCUACAAAAUGUUCCAUUACAGUCCAUCUGAAGUUAUCAUAAGGGAAAUUUAUUAGAGACACUCCACUACCCAAAGGCUGGAACACUGGUUAAAAUCCCGACAUGGCUGAAUUUGCCUUUUUCCAACGUGGAAUGGAGCUAUCAUCUUGGCAUGUCAUUUGCUAAGGAUUUACAUUUAGGAACUACGGGGAGUCCUGAUUUGAAAAAAUCCUGUACAAAAGCAUUAAUGCACUUAAUGAAAAAAAAUCUUUGCAUGAUAAAUUAACAUCUUAAGAGGAAAAGAAAAAAAGCAUGUGUGACAGAAGAAAAAAAAGAUUUAUGGCAAACUAUUUUUAUAAAUUGGGCCACACCUGACAAUUUAAAAAAUCUGCAUUAGAAGAUAUCAGUGUAUUUCAAGUACAUUUGACACACCCAACUGAAAAAGAAAACAAAACUAGAGUUUUCUUCUCAUCUAUAACUUUCAUUAUCCUAGGACAUUAUUGAAUUCGUAUGGCAAGAGUCUGAUUAAUGUGUGUCACUCCAUAAUCUUUUACAUCAUCACAGUUAUAUCAGUCAUAAUCAAGUAUUGCCAGGAUAGUAAGGCGUUCCUAACACAGUUAUUUCCAUUUCUGUCACCUUCAGAAUACGUGGCUGUUUUUAAUCAUAAACUGCAGGAUUGGGUCACCUCAAAGCAUUUUUUCAGCCUGGCUUGUGCUCUGCAGGGGAGUUGACAAUAAGUUUGGGGAAACUAGACUACAGGAACAGUGCAGUUAGCUUUGAGAACUGAGUUCACACACUGGUUUCUGUUUCUAAAGUGAUCUAUUUUUAAUGCUUCAUUUGUAUCCUUGUCUGCCAACUACACAGUAUAUUACUGUUCCAGCCCAGUGGCGUCUUCAACCAAGGUGCUCCUGCAGCCUGACACUCACAGACCAAACUGGCCAUUCUCUUGAGUAUGAUUCGGUAAAACCUCAGUUAAUGUUUUGGGAAAGGGAUUCUGAUUUAUUACAUUUCCCAUUAACAAGGGCUUUCAUUAAUAAAUACAUUUGGUUCAAUACUUAUUAUUGAAAAUCUUUAGAAAACGUGCUGGUAUUUUUGCUAUCUUGGCCUUAGUCACCAUUAUGGACCACAGAAAUACAGAGAGAGUUUAGUGACACAAAAUCAAUAAUUUUGUCACUCAUUAGUCUAAAUGAUACAAGCCACAAAUUAUGUCAGUAGAUACUGAAACGUAUUCCUUAUUAAAAACUCUUUUAAAAAUGAAAUAUGGAAUAUCCUUGACAUGAUAAAAGUUAUCUAUCACAUAACAGUGAACUACUAGAGGCAAAAAAGAUAAAUAAAAACACCUGCUAUCACUAUUUAGCAUGAUCCUGGAAGCCAGAAGUCAUAGAAAAUGAAAAUGUGCAGGUUCUAGGACUCAUCCUGUAAAUGUCGUUCAUUCAAAAAGAAUCUUUUUUUUAAAAAAUUAAUGGUUUUGGCUUAUUUAAUUUUUAUUAUUCCAGGUCUAACUAGACCUGAAUUUGUGUCUCCUAUGAAUUCACCAUUCUUCCUGAAGUCCAGGUUAUUUUAGUAGCCCCAAAUAGUCUUUGUUUUUUAGAUUUUUUUAAAUUAUUUUUUUUGAAGUGGCACUUCCUUUAAAUGUUCUCAGUAAUUUUGAGAAGAGCAAAGAUGAUAGAGUCAGAAAAUGUAUACCAGCAUUUCUCAGAGUCCUUGAAUUCUCCUAAUUUCUCAAAAAACCUUCUCCAUGAAUCUCACCACUCCUGAGAAAAGGCUGAGUAACAAGACUUGGAAAUACAAACUUGAUAUAUAAAAUUAUACAGUAAAAAUAUUUUAAAAAUCUGAGAUCAGAAUUUAGAAAACAGUAGUAGCCAAAUUGUAGUACACUAUUUGUACCUCGGUUUUAAGAACCCGGUUCUCUGAACAAAACUUUAUCAUUUCCAUAAUUUAAUGAAAUAACUAAGGGAGCAAAAUAUUAUUUUAAGAACAAUGAAAUUCAGUCCAAAGUGGCAUAAAAUUCAAUGACUAACUCUAAAGCCCUCCAUAAGAUUUGAUUUGAUUUGUUCUACAUCAGGGUUUUUCAACAGUUCACUAUUUAUAGAAAACUCUUUGUCAUGGGGGACUGUCCUUUAAACUGCAGGAUAUUUAGCAACAUCCCUGGCCUCUAUUUCCUAGAUGCCAGUAGCAACACCAGAAGAAAACCAAAAAUGUCUCCAGCCAUUGCUGAAAUUGCUCCCAGUUGAGAGCCACUGUUCUACAUUAUGUAGAGACAGAUUAAAUGUGAAUAUGUAAUAUAUGUCUUGCAUAAAAUUAAAUAUCAUAAGUGCACAGUAUCUUAAGAUAAAUUAUUAUACUGAAAAUUACAUGUGUGGUUCAUAUGCAAUAAAAUGCUAUUUUGGAGAAAGCAGAUUUAAAUAAGUGAAAAAUAACAAUUACAGAAUAUUUUAAAGCAUACAGAGAAAACACCAAAAAGAACAUAGCAUUUCAUAGAAGUGCUUAAAACUCUGGCUCUAAUGAAUAGAUCAAAUGUUUAGAACCAGCACACCAAUUGGAAGAAAACAGGUGCUUCUGAAAUGCUUGAAAAGAAUAAAUUCUUUUAAGUAGUUUAAAUAUAUCUUUCAAUAUUGUUUUUACAGACCCGUUCUUGAUACAAGGAUAAUUUCAUCUCCCAAACUCCUGAUUAGUGGAAUACAAAUUGAUGAGGUUUUACUGUAUCAGAAUUAUUUUUAAAGUUCAAAGAGACAGCAAUUACAAGAACCUUAUGUGGAUAUCAUUAUUCUCUUUGAACAUUCCUUUCUGCUGCACUGACCUUAGCAUGCUCACACGACAUCACAACCACCACCACCAUCUUAUCAUUAUCAUCUUUCGAAGAUGAUCCAUAUAAUCCAUAUGAUCCAUAUAACUCUUUAUAUCUCUCUUCUCUACUAUUUAUUUUUUUAAAUUUUAUUUAUUUAUGAUAGUCAUCACAGAGAGCGAGAGAGAGAGGCAGAGACACAGGCAGAGGGAGAAGCAGGCUCCAGGCACCGGGAGCCCGAUGUGGGAUUCAACCCCGGGUCUCCAGGAUCGCGCCCAGGGCCAAAGGCAGGCGCCAAACCGCUGUGCCACCCAGGGAUCCUCUUCUCUUCUAUUUAAAUGUCUUGCCUCUAUCUUGGAACAUAAGAAAAAUACUCCUAGUAACUUGGACAAUGAUAGAGAAAGUGACUCUGAGACUUAGUUGUCAUCAAAAUUACAUUAUAUCUACUAUAGUGACAUCAGAAGAGAAGGCUUACAAACCAGUUUCCAAGUUGACCAUCUAGGACUCCCUCCAGGGAUAAGCCCUUCUUAGUAUUCCAGGAAAAAAUGAGUCUUUGUGAUUUAUUCACCAAUGAGAAGCUAGAAGUGUUUGUUUUCCUGGUUCUAAUCAUGUGAGCAAUAAUUCCUUCCAUGAAGUCAUCCAUUAACCUUGGUGUUUGGAGGGAAGGAUGAUGGAUUUAUCCUUUAUUUUGAUCCCUAAAAAGCAGUACUGACUUUGCUUCCUCCACUUGAGACUCAGACUUAGUGCCCCAGUCACCAUUGGAGUCAUCACCUAACUUUGGAACGAUAGUGACAGAACUGAGAAAGAUGUUUUCUGAUAAUUUAGUUGUAGAGACAAUUUUUCAAAUCUUUUAUAUAGCCCUGGAGCGAUUCUCAAGUUAAUAAAUCAGAAUCCAGGUUUCUAUUCCUUAAAGAUUUUAAGGGAUUGUAAAAGAAAAAAUACUCGUGUCCAAUUUUAAAUGUACCAUCUAUCUGUUAUCUGCAUCAAGGGAUCAACAAAGCUUUGAGAAAGAGAGAUUAUGCCCAAGGUUAAUUGAAGAUGAUGAAGAUGAGCUCUUUGAAAUACCUGGUUAUAAAAUGUUUGGCAGAAGGGAAAAAUGAAGCUGGUCCAGAAGAGUAAGCUAAAAAUCCUCUCCUUGGUUCAGGAUCAUUAGGACAAUCCAGGAGUAUAUCUGUGAUUACAGUCUGGCCCUACGGAAAGACAUUAUAACUUGACCACUUUCUCUGAGAAGGCGAUGCCAAGAGGUCUCAGACAUUUCUAGUAGGCCUUGCUCUCUGCAUCAGGAGAAAACUGGUAACCUUCACAGCUUCCUCACCUUUGUCCUCUGUAACACUAACCCCACUACUGACCACAUACUCUUUCACAUACACACUGCUCCAGGUGCCAGAAAUACUUGCCAGUAAGUUGUGUAUUCUGGAUGGCACCAUUCCAGGGAGUAUGGUUGUUGUGCAGCGCGUGUACAUAUUUGCAUACAACAUAGCCCUAAAGGACAAAAUACAGAAGAUAAGGUCUGACUUUGGAAAGUAAAAAGUGCCAAUUUGGUGCAAGAGGGUUGGGAUGGGGAGGGACAUCGGAGCCAGAGUUAAGUUGAAGAGGUUUUGGUGAGAAACCAGAGGCACAGAUGGCUGCUUUUAUUUAUGUAUCUAUGUAGGAACCUGAUUCUCAACCUUGGUUGUACAUAAGAAUCACCUAAGGAGCUUUUCAAAUUCCAAUUAUAUCAAAAUUUCUUGGAGUGGGUACCAAAUAGGAGUAUUUCUGAAAGCCUCCAAUGUGGUUCCAGUGUCAGCCAAGGCUGACAAACACAGCUUUGCAAGCCCCACUUCUGAAGGGUCUGGAAGGCAAGAUGCAAGAGACAGUGUUUUCUUCUGGAUUGAGAAUUAUUGUGUUCCAACCCAAAACAAAUGAUCUGUGCAAAUUUCUGACCAGGCAGUGCCCCACUGACUCUUAACAAUUCUGUCGUUGUGAUUUUCUCCCAUGUGACUUGGCCAUUAUUCCAAUUCAAACAUCUGGGUUUUAAUUGUCUUAUACAUGUGACAUCACAAGACACCAGGAUAUAAGAAAUUUAAGUGUGUAAAGUUAAGUAGAAAACUAAUUCUUAAUAGUUGGAUAGUGGAAAUUAAAACAAUCAUUAAAUCAGGCCCAACUUUAUUACUCAUUCUUCAUUUGGAGGAGACAUGGGUACUAGGUACCUGUUCUGCCAUAGUAUAUUUUAUUAGACUUGAUCUUAGCAGGAGAGAAGAACAGCAGUUCCUUUUUGAUUAUUGUCUUAGCUCCCAGGGCCACUUGGAUUUAUUUUCUUAGUUAUUAGGCAUGUGUUUAAAGAGAGAAGAGUGUCUGUAACUCACUAUCUGGCCUCCAGUGCCCUGAAAGACUGUUUUCAUCUUCCAUAAAGGAGAGUCUGCGUAUCCAGGGCAACAAUCCUCUAUGAGAAUACAUGAGAGGUCUCUCCUCUCAUACUGCUCCCCUCUGGUAUUGGCCUGUGCUGCUCAGCUGCAAAGCCAGAACAUAAACUAGGUGGUGGUCACGGACAAGUGCACACAGAAUCAAAAUCUCUAAUAAUCUAUAAUUUUUAGUACUUAAUUAUGUGAUGUUUUAUUCUAGGAAAUAAGAAACAGAUGACAUCAUUGAUGUAUCUUUCUUUCAUCUUCAGAAUUUUUGCAUCUUUUCAGAAAAUGACAAAUUACUAUUUUUCUGUUGCACUCAGCAAUUGUGACUAUACUUAAAAUUCUUGUAGUCUGUAGAGAUAUCAAUAAAAUUGUAUAUGUUUGUACAUAGAUGCUCUUAUGUUGUCGUGCACUAUAAACAUUUUUGUCAAGAUUAAAUAUGGACAGAGGUAAGACUUUCAUCUGUAACACUUUGAACUUCCGUAAUUGAACAUGGUUUUUCAAAGUAUAAUUGUUUUAAAAAGGCAGAGAGAUGGGUGGGGGAGCAAUGUACGGCACAUUUGUUUGAACUAAAAACCAGAAAGAAAAGACUAAACACAAGUUCUCCAAGCUCACAGAUUUUGCCAGAGUUUAUUAAUCCAAAAUGGUAGAACAGUUCACCCCAACGUUCCCUAAAUUUCAGACUGAGUAGUUGUGUAAGUUUUUUCUGGAAGACUUUCCCAAUUUUUGAGGAUGUUGACUGGUUGGACCUUUGGUGAAUUACAAGUAAAACUAAGUUUGGUGAGGAUGUAGAAUAAAAAUCUGAGGCUAAGAUGUACUUACCAACAUCUAUAUCUUACUUCUUGACCUCUUUAAUAAAACUCAGGCUUUAUUCCCAUUCAGGAAAAAAUGAUAAACCAUCAUAGUCUUCUAUCACUUUCCAGUGGUUAUAAUGAACAUUCAUUGUGGACCCCACAACCUCUAAAAGUCCCCCAGAAAUACACUGCCCACCUGCUCCUCUGGCUUUCACCUGCACAGUUAAUUCCUCUUUGGGUACUUUAGGCUGCAACCUUAGUCAAUUAAGCUCAGUCUUCUGAAUGCUGCUUAGUUUCUCAAGAAAAUUUUCCCAUCACCAAAACUUCCAUCUGAGUCUUGGGUCCAUAUAAAAAUGGAAAACACAACCAACCAACCAACCUUAGGCAAGGAAAUGUUUUUUGAUCACAAGUGCAAAUGUGAAAACAGACCCUUUAAAAUCCAAAUGUUCAGAGUUCCCUUCAGAAUUUUCUCAAAGGAAUCCUUUCCUUCUUUGAACUACACCUGGCUCAGGCUUCACAUGUCUGCAUUCAGUAAUGAAAAUACUGAUUUGACUUCCUUCCUUCCUUCUUCCCACCUGGUUCCUUCCUCCUUUCCUUUUUUUCCAUUCAUUCAGUCCAAAAGUCCAUCAACCUAAGCAAACUGUUGAUGGCAGCCCCAUGCGAGGAGUGCGUAGGAGCAGCGUUGAGUGUGACAGCCCAGAGGAGGACAGAGUUGGGGAGGUGGCUGACCUGCAGUCAGAGCUCCGGCUGCAGCUCUGAUGGCCUGCCCCGGAGCACGGCAGAAGGCAGCCCAGCAGGUCAGGAGAUGAGGGCUUGAGCAAUUAAGUAAAUAUAUUGAGGAACAGGAGCCAGGUUUCUCACUGAUGGAGAAGUACAAAUAAAAUGGAAUGUGAGAAUAAAUCCUAUAAUAUUGGAUUGGAAUUGGAACUGUCAGUGGGAAUUUUAUGUAUAUACAUACAUACACACACACAUACCCAGGAUGUAAAGCUGUGUGUCUUGUUCACAUGUAUAUCCUAAUUCUGAACACUGAGAGGACUGGGAACACCACCCCAGGACAUAAUGCACACCUUAGUGCUUGGAUUUUGAUUAUCAAGAAACAGCUGAUUUCAAGGCUGGAAUAUAUUUUUUAUUCCAGAAAACAAGAUAUUCAAAGAAUGAUGGGAAUGUUUCAGAAAAGGACAUAGAAGCCAGCUUGAAAGGGCCUACACACGUCAAAUCAGGGAUAAUUUGAGUAUCAAAAGUAAUACCAGUAAUUGAAUAAAAGAGCUACCCAUUAAGUGCACACGGAUGUUAAUUAAUUAAAUAGGAGAAGGGAAAAGCUCAUCCUUACAAUGGAAUGUCCACCGAUAAAUGUGGAUAGGACUUUUAAAGUACUUUUUGCCAGCCACUGUAGAAAUCAGGGGCAACAACCAAUGAAUGCUAAAACUCAUGGGUUAAAAUGGAAUGAAGUAACAGGAUACAUACGUAGUCUCAAAGUAUCUUCACAAAAACUACUUGCUAAUCAAAAAGAAAAAAUAUAUAAUUUUAAACUAUAGAAACCUGCUAGACACUAUUUUAAACAAGUGAUCUAAGUUACCACCACCAGUAAGGGAACAAAUCAACAUCUUGUGCCAUCUGACAGCAUGUAAUAAGAAGACAGCAUCACCUGUGUAAUAAUUCUGCCAAAAACACACAAGCCAGUUCUAACCGUGAGGAAAUAUUGGACAAAAUCAAAUUGACAUUCUAUAAAAUGACUGCCCUGUAUUUAAAAUUGUCUUGAAAGUCAAGGAAAGAUGGAUGUUCCAGAUUUAAGGAGACCAGUGAGUGAGUCAUGACAACUGCGUAUAACAUGAAAUCUUGGAUUGGACCCUUUCACUAUAAAAAAAAUUGCAACGAUUCACAAAACUCACUAGAGUGGGACUCUUGGUACUAUUCUUGAAACUCUUAUUUAAGUUUGAAAUUACUUCAAAAUAAAGUUAUAAAAAUAAAA